AUGUCGACGACUUCCACUAUCACCACCGCCGCCAACAUCGCCACGGCCACCAACACUACCGCCGCCACCACCGCCACUGCCACCGACGUCGAUCUGAUCGAGAAAUUGCACGAGAUUCCCUCCUUCAGCGACAAAUACGCCCAGCGGCAAUGGGCCAAAGAACACAUGGCUGGCGCGUUUCGCAUCUUCGCCAAACUCGGCUACAAUGAUGGGGCGGGCGGGCAUAUUUCGCUGCGAGAUCCGGUGAAGCCGGAUUGUUUUUGGAUCAAUCCGUACGCCGUUCAUUUCGGCCUGAUCAAAGCCAGUGAUUUGAUUAUGGUGAAUGAACACGGCCAUCCCCUGACGCCGACCAAGCAUAAAGUCAACAAGGCGGGAUUCAUGAUCCACGCGGCUCUGCACAAGGCUCGUCCGGACGUCAAUGCCGCAUGCCACACGCACUCGCCCUACGGUCGAGCCUGGUCGGCGUUCGGGAAGCCGAUCGAAAUGCUGAACCAGGACGGCUGCUUCUUCUACAAUGACCUGGCUGUCUACGAGGGCUUCGGCGGCGUCGUGCAUGCCAUGGAGGAAGGCGAGAAUAUCGCGAAUGCGCUGGGCCCGCUGAAGAAGAAUGUCAUUCUGCAAAACCAUGGAAUCCUGACCUGCGGCGGCACCGUCGGCGAAGCAGUCGCUUUCUUCAUCGCCCUCGAGCGCGCGUGCCAGGCUCAGCUCCUGGCCGAAGCGGCCGCCGCAAACGGCGUGCAGAAGAAAUAUAUCGGCGACAAGGAGGCUGCAUAUACCAAGGAACAGUCCGGCACUCCAGCCGUGUUGUAUAUGCAGUUCAAGCCUGAGUAUGAUAUGAUAUUGAAGGAGAGCGGUGGGGAUUUUCUUGACUGA